UGGGCCGUGCGGGGCCCCGCUGUCCGGAAGCCCGCGGACUCCCGGGCGCAGCCCGCCGGCCCGCCCGCCGCCGCUCUCGCCCGCGCGCCUGGCGACGGAGCCCAGCUUCAGCCGCCGGACUCCGGCCCUCGCCGUCCCUGCCAGGCUGCUUUCCGACGCCUUUGUCUGCUCCUCUCCAGCCCGCGCCUCCAGUCGGCGCCCACGCCGCGGAACCCGGGUCCCGAGGACGCGCCGCGCAGGGAACCUCGGACCCGGGCUUGGAAGGGCUACUUACCCGGAUGAGGAAACGGAGACACGGAUUAUCUGAACUAGAGAAUAUCUUACUGGUAGAACCAAGAUAUAAAGUUGGACAGUUUGACUCCAGAAUCUAUUCUUGUAACUACUACACUGUGCUGGUCCUUCAGUAAGCCAUUUGAUGCCCUAGGACAGCGGUUAUAUAAACAACUAAUGCUAAUGACUGCUUCUACAUUUCUACUCUGCUCUAGAAGAUGAGUCGUGGGUGUCCAGAAAACAAUAAUUUCCUGACUAAUAAUAACCAAAUGGUAUUGGAUAUGAUCCUUUAUCCAUUGAUUGGAAUCCCUCAGACCAUCAACUGGGAAACUGUGGCAAGGCUUGUGCCUGGAUUAACACCCAAAGAGUGUGUGAAAAGAUUUGAUGAGCUGAAGAGCUGUGGAAGUUCACCUGUUGACAACCAGUAUAACCCUUUAAUGGCUGCCGGAGAGGGUCCUGUUGAAACUUUAGCCACUUAUAUUAAAUCUUCACUUUUGGAUGCACAAGGAGAUUUCCAAGAGACUCCAGUUGAUCAAGAUACAGUUUCUAAAGCAGGAAGACAUAGUAUAGCUACCACAAGGAAUUGCUCUUCAGAAAGUGAGAACUGUACUGCUCGUAAUGCUGGAGAAGAGACUGGAGACUCUGAAGGGCCAAACAUGGUGAUCCAUGUAUGUGAUGAAGCAAAAAGCUUGAAAGAAGAUUUUAUUUGCCCACGAGAUCUUUUGAUAUCAGAAAUGAAGUACUUUGCUGAGUAUUUAUCUGUGGACGCCCAGCGCUGGGAAGAGGUGGACAUUUCAGUUCAUUGCGAUGUUCACAUUUUCAACUGGCUGAUAAAAUAUGUUAAAAGAAACACUAAGGACAGUAAAGACUGUGAGCUUCCUGCUCUAGAGCCAGGAAAUGUCAUUUCAAUCCUUAUUUCUUCAGAGUUCUUGAAGAUGGAUUCAUUAGUUGAACAAUGUAUUCAGUAUUGCCAUAAAAAUAUGAAUGCCAUAGUAGCUGCCCCAUGCAACAUGAACUGUAUCAAUGUCAACCUCCUUACACGCAUAGCUGACCUGUUCACACACAACGAGAUUGAUGACUUAAAAGACAAAAAAGAUAAGUUUAGGAGCAAACUGUUUUGUAAGAAGAUUGAAAGACUGUUUGAUCCUGAAUACUUCAAUCCAGAUUCUCGAAAUAAUGCAGCAACACUCUAUCGAUGCUGUUUGUGUAAGAAACUUUUAACUAGAGAAACAGAAAGAAGAAUUUCUUGCAUCCCUGGAAAAAUCAAUGUGGAUCGACAUGGAAAUAUUAUCUACAUCCACAUAAGAGAUAAAACCUGGGAUGUCCAUGAAUAUUUGAAUAGUCUUUUUGAAGAAUUAAAAUCUUGGAGAGAUGUUUAUUGGCGUCUGUGGGGAACAAUCAACUGGCUGACUUGUUCAAGGUGUUACCAGGCUUUCCUCUGCAUUGAAUUCUCCCACUGUCAGUACCACUCAGAGGUGGUCGUUUACUCCAGCGCAGUGAACUCACUGAACACUGUGGGCACUGGAAUUUACCCCUGCUGUAACCAGAAAGUUCUUCGAUUUGAUCCCACUCAGCUCACAAAGGGCUGUAAAGUGAGGGACCACAUGGUUCUUCUUCAUGACCAAGGGGAAAAUGAUGAUUCACUUUCUUGUCCAACUGCUAAAAUACUGGAUGAUCUGCAUAAGCACAAAGAUGUCAUUGCUGUACCGUUUUUAAAAGAUCCAGUUAGUGAUCCUGGGGUUGGCUCCUGUGAUGAGAAGGGCCUGGAAUAUGAGAUUUUACUGGAGCCAAAUACACCGUGGGGCUCCAAAACUGGGGAGCUCAAUGCUUUUUUGUCACUGAAAAACUGGACUCUGCAGUUGAAACAGCAGUCGUUGUUCUCAGAGGAGGAAGAGUACACCACCGGGUCUGAGGUCACUGAAGAUGAAGUCGGUGAUGAAGAAGAAAUUUCCAAGAAACAAAGGAAAAAGGAGAAGCCAAAGAAAUUUACUAAGCCACCAAAAAAGCAACUGUCCUCACCCUGUUCUCAAAAGAAAGAGAAGACACUGGAGAAGUCAACUUCUAGAGAUGUAUCUCCUUUUGUUGUGAGCAUGCAGAAGAACAAGUGGGACGCCACAAGAUCCUUGAGAUUCAACCAGGAUGCACAGAGAGAGGACGAUCAGCGGCGGAUGUCUGAAAUUACAGGGCAUCUAAUAAAAAUGAGACUGGGUGAUCUGGACCGAGUCAAGGCAAAGGAAUCAAAAGAAUUUGCAGGAGGCAUUUAUUCUAGGCUUGAAGCCCAAGUCAAAGCCUCAGUGCCUGUCACUGCCCGGCAAAACAGCUCAGACAAAAACCAGAGGGGUUUUAGAAGACUUGUGGCGAGCAGCACAAAGUUUCACAGGAUGUUGAUGUUGUCAGACAGACAGACGAAGGCAGCAACGGCAUCCUGCUGUUCUAGAAGCCCGAAGUCUAGAAGUCUGACUUUGUUUUCUGUUUAAAAAACCUAGGUCUAAAAGUCGUUUUGGUCAAGGGCGUCCUGCAUAAAGACCCUAGAUAUAAAAAGAGCGAAGGCACACUCUGGACAUCUGAAAUGUUCACUCCUCGAAGAUCUUCAGUGACUGCUAGGUGCUCUAUGAGUUAUCCCUGCAGACCACACAAAUCAUGCUACGGUGACUGCUAGGUAUUCCAUUAGUUAUCCCUGCAAACCACAAAAAUCAUGCUUACACAAAUAUAUAGUUAGGUUUCGUUAAAAUCUUAACUGUAUAUAUAAAUUUUCCUAUAUAAAUUUCUCUUUGUAUAAUUCUAGGCUGUGUAGAAAAUAAUUGCAUACAUAGUUAAUAUUCUCAAUAUCUGUUGCCCUUUAUUUAUUUGACAAAGAAGAGUCCUAAGUUGGUAAGACCCUAAGAAAUUAAGGGCACAGGCCUGGGAGUGUCACUGUGCAGUACACUGACCGCUGUAUGUUUGGGGAGUGUGGAGUCUUAGGCAUAGCGUUGGGAAAUGAAUUUGUGUAAUGAGCUGUCGGUGAUGUUAAAUUUAGCUGUGUGGAUAUUAGGGAGUGACAGAUCCCGAUGCGGUGUUAGUAGAGUUUCAAGUGAGGGCAUCGCAGUACUAUGUUGGUCAAGAAGGGUUCAUCUUUCAGGAUUAUUAUAUGGAAAGUUCAAUGUUAGUUCACCUUCUGUUUCUUUCAAUUUUUCAUAGUUAUCUGUAAAUCAUAGGAGCCUAAAAUGAGGUCCUUGCCCUUCUCCUCUGUGAAGCUAGUGACACUGGCCCACCGAAGGCAGCGUGAGCUGGCCUGGGGUGCUGGGUCACUUCAGCUCUGUGGCACAGGCAGACGCAGGCUUCUCACACCCACUCAUCCUCUGAGUCUCCUUCAACCCCCUCACAGCAAGGGACUGCUAGUCACUUAGAGACGGCUUCAAACUUCCCAGAUAAAGGAGACGUUCAAAUAAAACUAGUUUACAGAUCAUGUUUUUAAUUUUUUCUAACCAGGUAGACAGCACACUCAGGGAAAUUUUGUUCCAGACUGUAAGCAUGUACUGUUACAUGUUUGGAAAUUGUUUAUGGGUCUCUGAGAACCAUGAGAUGUACACCGUUUCUAUGUUUAGUUUUCCUUUGCCUUGUGACUCACAUCUUUGGAUUAUUCAGAGAAUAAAUCUUGUAAAAGAUUUACACCUAGUUCACACAAAAAAAUUAUAAUUGUUAGUAUCUUUUAGUUGCUAUAUGAAGCUCCUAAUUAUUUGUUAUUUAUGUUUUUAAUAUCUAUUUGGAAAUUUUAUUCUGGUAUACAGAUGCUUUUUAGUUAUCUGAUACUUCAGAAAUAGCUUUUAUCAUAUUUAUUUUCAAGAAAGUGUUCUUUGAAUGCGAUGUGUAAGUCCCAUGAGUUACCAGUCUUACUGUUGGCUCCUGGAUUCUCUGAAAGAAAGAUUUGGAUUUAUGUAUGUAAGCAGCUUGUGAUCAUUGUAAUUAGAAGGAAAUAUGCUCUUUUGAUUUUCACAAAUGAUGAAAGUGCUCAUUGCUUCUCUGCAGAGGGGGCUGAUUUACUGACUGAUGUUAACAGACUUUGUUGAAAUCUGAUUUCAUGUGGAAUGUGCUUUUUAUUUUGUGUCUGUCUGUGAUACACGGACAGGCAUUUCUUCUACCAAGUACUUUAAGGCUUUCCUUACAUUAAUUCUGAAUUCAAACUUAUUGAAAUAAAUGGCAAUGACAAAAA